GCGUGCGUUCCACAGAAUGGCAUGUUUGCGUUGCUCUUGAUACCUCCCAUUCCGACCUUUUUUUUUCCUCUCCGGUGUGACGUCUGCUCGGGGCAGGUUACGUGAUUCCACGGUGGCUUCGUCUUGAACUGAGCUGAAAGGACGAAAGCAGCUGCAAUUGGUGACCAGGAAAGAAUGAUCUGCGGUAUCCUGUUUCCUAUUAUUUGACUGCUCACUUCCCUUUUUAUUAAGAUGCAAUUGGACUUUCACUUGAAAUUUGACAACAUGAUAUCCGGUGUGGUAUGGCAGGAGGCAAGCCAACCGAUAUCGUCAGAAGGCUUAGAUAUGCGUCGGCUCGUUGAUCGGGCUGGUUGUAAAAUUUUGCACCUGAACAUUGCCCAUUGUUUGUGUUGAAUCGUCAGCUAAAAGACUGACUUAUAUUGUUCUGAACAAGUCGUGAAUCCAGCACAAUGAACCCUGAGGAAACCUCACUGGAUCUCCUGCAGACCAGUGUAGAGGGAAACCUUAAGGUUCAAGAUGAAGUGUGUUACCCUGAUGAGAAUGAGAACAAAGUAGAUAGUGAAAAGGAUGAAACUUUUACCAGAAAAGAAGAAAUAACACUUCAAAAGAAAGACGCUCAGGAUAGUCUCAAUAAUAACGAAAAUUGUCAUCUAAUGUGUGGGCAACUCAGCUGCAAGAAAGGCUGUGAAGAUGGCAUUAACACAACUGGGGAAAGCCUAUCCACAGCUGCUCUUACAAGUAAGGAUGCCACCGGCGCAAGAGGGAAACUAAUUAAUAACAAGCGAAGUAACAGAAGUAAAAAGAAUUGUAAUGGCAAAUCAACAGGAUUUUCAUCAGCUGAUGCAGAGAUUUCACAAGAAAGCAAAUCCACAGAACCUUCUCUUGAAUUAGACACACCUAAUCCUAUAGCAGAAGAAAACAAGGAAACCCAUCUUAGAAACACACUGUUCUCCAUUAUCCAAGAAGAAUUUGAGUGGGCAGAGGAUCUUAAAAUGUUGCCAAUGUGCCUUCAUCAGAUUGCUGAGACCUACUUUCAGGAGGAAGACUAUGAGAAGGCAAUGCAAUUCAUCCAGCUGGAAAGGAUCUAUCAUCAGCAGUUACUUGCAAAUCUAUCUUCUAUUCAGGAGCAGUGGGAAGCAAAAUGGAAAAAGACUGAAUGUCCUACUCCACCAUCAUCUGAAGAUUCUGAAAAAGGUCUCAGCAGCACAGAUUUGGAAAAACUUUCCAAACUGUGCAAAUUUCAUGAAGAGCCUAAAAUUUCAAAACACAAGCUAUCUCCCAGUGAAAAGUCUUUGAGAAUCCAAAGUCUUCUUCAGUUGAUGCGAUUGGAAGAGACUCAUGGUGUAUAUGCACCCACUUUCAAUUCAGACAGAGAAAGUCGAACUGGCAAUACACCAAGCAAAGGCAGGGCACCUGCAGUGACAACGAUGACGGAGAACUCACCUUCCAGUGUAAGAACAGUCGACGAUAUUUCCAUAGAAGCGAGCCAUGAAGCUUUGCCCAGGCUGGACCACAUGGAGGAGCAGCCGCUUUGCAGCAUGAGAGUAACAACAGAAGCUCACACCCAGUCCACAGGGACAGUAGGCAGGGCUAAUGCUACCAUAUUUUCUGCUGGGGAUGCUGGUAAGAACAACAAUCUCUUGCAACCAGAAGCAAUACCGCUUUGCAAGAAUGUGUUAGGAUUAGAAACAGUCUCGAGGGAACCAGAGGAAGAGCACCCAGGGAAGCAUGAAUUAAUUUCAACCAGUGCAGCUUCUGCAGAUUGUAUUUCAGUAACCCACGAUGAUCUUUCUGGUAUGAGAAGUAAUUUGGAUUGCAACAAAGCUGUUCAGCCUGAGCAAGUUACAAACAAUACAGAAGAACUUUGUACAGCGGAAGAUGAUGAGGAUUUAUCUGUUAAAAAAGGCAACGCUAUAGCUCCAGACGGCACAAAAGGGGAGGCACUGGAGUCCCCUGAAUAUAUUGCAAAUCAGGAAACCUCACCAGAGUCCGAGAGGGAAGCUCAAAGACGAGCAACUGUUGAAUUUAUAGCAAAUUUCCUGAAUGGAGACCUAAGAGACAGCGAACAUUUUCUGUCUCAGCUUGAUUUUCAGGAGGAACCCUUUUCUGAGGAAGAAAUGUCGCCAAGCCCAGGCGAGUCAAUCUUGGGGGAAAAUUUCAUUUCACUGGAUGAACUUGCAAAGCGGAUAGAGGUGGAGGAGGUGAGCCCUGCUGCUGGUUUGGUAUCAAUAUUAAAGAGACGCAGUCAAACCGAGGGUAUAAAUUCAGCCCAGACAUCCCAGAAACAGACAAAGAGGAAAGUACGUUUCCAAGAAACAGAAGAUACUCUUGACCAAGAAGAAAUUGGUGGAGGAUCCUGCAUUUUACUGAUACUACUCUGUAUCGCAACCGUUUUCCUUAGCAUUGGAGGGACUGCAUUAUACUGCACUUUUGGGGAUAUAGAGUCGUCCGUCUGUAAGGAUUUUACUGCCAACAUGGACUUCUACUACACACAGUUGCUGCAAGGAAUAGAAGAGCUAAAACACUGGUUGUAUGUCACAUAGAUGACAAAAUAACACUUGGCUGGUAUUAUGGCAGCCUCUUAUUUUAUUAUUUUUUCACUUGUAGGUUAAAUUCUAACCUAAAACUGAACAUGUCUGUCCUGUUACAAGACUUGCAAAGAGAAAAAUAAUCGAACUUAGGUGGUUUUUAAAUUGACUUUUAAUAGAUUUAAGGGUUUUCAGUGGGAAAAUUAUGAAAAAAGCAUCCGAGUGGCACUGAAUCAUGGCACAGCCUCACAACUAACCACUAUUCUCAACAACACAAGCAGCCACUACUGCAGAUGGAGAGGCAUUCAGCUUAUAUGCAAAAUGUCUGUGUAGUCACUUGAUUUACUUUUAUUCUGCAUCCCUGAUUCACUUAUGAGAAUUUGUGUG